AUGCCUGAUAAAUUACUGUCUCUUUUAUCUAAGCAAUAUAAUGAUCUCUUGAACUCUGGUGAAUUUUUUGACGUGAAUAUCGAAGUAGGCGAAGGAUCAAAUACAAGGGAAUUUCAAGCUCAUUCUCUUGUUUUAAGAAUUCGUUCUCCUUAUUUUCAAGCUGCUCUAUCAAAUGGCUGGGCGAAAAGCAAGAAUGGUGUGAUAGUUUUUAAGAAACCUAAUAUUUCUCCUGACGUUUUUGAAGCACUUCUCGGAACGGAUCCAAGAAUUCUCAUAGAAUUACUUCCAGCGGCUGAUGAAUUAUUUCUUACAGAAUUAUGUGAUCAUCUCGAAGAACAUCUCAUAGAUCUUACUGUCAGAUCUUCGAUAAAACAAAAUUUUGUUCUUUCACAUCGAAUAGCGAAUCAACAUCGGUUUGAAAAAUUCUCUUCAUUAUGUGAAACAAUUCUCAAUCAAGAUCCCGGUGCAUUGUUUAGCGCCAGUGAUUUCGCUGAUAUAGAACAUGAUGUUUUAUUAUCCAUUUUUCGUGAUUGUAAUUCUCAGUUCAGAGAAAUAGAUUUAUGGAAUAAGUUAUUGGAAUGGUCAAUUGCAAACACUCCUUCAUUACCUCCCGACAUAUCACGAUGGACGACCGAUGAUAUAUCAACUUUUGGUGUUUUGGCAAAGCCUUUCAUUCAAUAUAUUAAUCUUAUUUUUAUAAGCCCUGAUGACUUUUUUCAUAAAAUUAGACCAUUUCGCAGAAUUUUUGAUGUAGAACAUUAUAUACAAAUCUUGGAAUAUCAUACCUUCGCUCAACUUCGUGAAAAGACACUUUUUAAUAAGCCUAUUCAACCAAUUUUGGAUUCAAAGAUAAUUUCUACGCAACAUAUGGCCUUGAUUUCUAAAUGGAUCACUGCAUUUAAAGAUGAUUCUAACUUAGCUGGCUCAACUCCUACUAAUAAUUCUCCUCCUCCAUCUUAUAAAUUUAAAUUAUUAUUACGAGGAAGUCGUGAUGGUUUCACUCCAAAAAUGUUUCACGCUUAUUGUGAUCAAAAAGGUCCUACCGUUACCAUUGUUCAUACUACAAAAAAGAAAAUUAUUGGUGGUUAUAAUCCUUUAAACUGGCACUCAAGUUUUAUUACUCAUUCCAUGGAAAAUUAUGAGCAAACCAAAGAAAGUUUUAUUUUUUCUUUAGAUCAAAAACUUGCUAGUAAAUCUAUUGUUAGUAAGGUUAAAGACGAUAAAUAUGCUAUUUAUCAACGAAUUUAUGCUGGCCCUUGUUUUGGUAAUGGUGGUGAUUUAAUAAUUAAAGAGAAAACUGGUUUUUGUUACAAAAAAAGUUAUGAAAAAUGUAUUAUACAGGAGGGCGAAAGUAAUGAAUUUUUGAUCGAUGAUUAUGAGGUUUUUCAAAUAAUUGAAGAUCAAAUCGUAUAA